UUUAGGAAUCGUGGAAUUUUAGGAAUCUAGUAGUUUUGAAUUUUGAUAUUCGGGAAUUAUGGGAUUUAGAAUUUUUGAAUUUUGAAAUUUUAGAAUUCCGGAAACAUUUGCAUUUUGAAAUUUAGAAAUUGAGGAAUCUUGGUAAUCUAGUACCUUGGAAUUUGGAAAUUUGGAAAUUUUUAUACGAUGAGGGAACCAGUCUAGGCAGUCCACACAUUUUUUACGAGUGCAAGCCAAUUUCAAAUACGACUUAAAUGCAAUUAUUCACUACACUGCGUGAAUUACGAGAUUGGAAUGACUGUCAGUGACAUACAUAGUAUCAAACAGAAGCAUAAUGAAGUGUUGAAAAUAGAUACAUUCUAGAUGGAGGAAGUACCUACAACUCAUCGUGGUAAAUAACAAAGAUGUAUCAAUUAAAUGCAAAAACACUGCACCUCUUGAAAGAUCAAGGCAAGAGAUCGUAAACAGGAAGUGCUAGAUCUGGUAACUUACUCAUGUAUCAACUAAGAUCGUAAAUCAUUAGCAAGUAGACAGCGUAACAGAAAUGAAGUGUUUUAUGUAGCUGAUUGUCAAUGUUGAAUUUGAAUUGAAAUCUACAACAACGAUGUGGUCAGUUUUAGAGAUUGUUGGAUUCCUUGUUGCAAUAUUGAUUUUGCUGUACUAUUAUUCCACAUCGAUUUUGGAGUACUGGAAGGAACGAGGCGUGAAAGGACCGAAACCUAUCCCAUUUUUGGGAAAUUUUAAGGAUGUAUAUCUUGGAAGAAUUUCAAUGAACGACUGUUUCGUGAAAGCUUAUCGCGAGUUCAAGGGUGAACCGAUGGUCGGAGUGUUUAGUGGCCACAUCCCACAUUUAGUUCUAAGGGACCCGGAUUUAAUAAAAGAUGUUCUAAUCAAAGAUUUUUCUAACUUCGUGGAGAGAAUGGUUGUUCCUAAUGAGGUUGAACCAUUAGCAGAUGAACUAUUCAGCAUUGAAGCAAAAAGAUGGAAGCCCCUAAGAGCCCGUAUUUCACCUGUGUUUACUUCAGGGAAAUUGAAAGAAAUGUUUAAUUUACUGGUAGAAUGUGGGAACCAGUUUGAAGAGUAUUUGAAGAAACUAGUUGAGAAGGACGCAUAUAUCGAGUGUCGCGAUAUUUCCGCAAAAUUCACUAUCGACGUAAUCGGUUCUUGUGCGUUUGGGAUAGAAGCGAACGCGUUAGCAGCCGAAGACAGCGAAUUUCGUAAAAUGGGUAAAGCAAUCGUCCGAACAAGUGUGAAAUCUGUUAUUAAAGACAGACUGCGGGAAUAUCCGUUCUUGUUUAAGAUCUUCGGACGAUUCCUUCUCGAUUCUGAAGUCGAUGACUUUUUCAUAAGAAUCACCAAAGAAAGUAUAGAUUAUAGGAUAAAGCACAAUUUUCAUAGACAUGAUUUCAUUGAGACUUUGGUAAACAUGAGAAAGGAACCUGGAGACAUUAGUGAUAAACAGUUGAGCGACGCCUUCUUGGCUGCACAAGCCUUCGUCUUCUUUACUGCUGGUUUCGAAACUUCUUCGUUAACUAUCACUCAUGCUUUAUACGAGUUAGCAUUUAAUCAGUCGAUUCAAGACACACUUCGAGCAGAAACGAAGGAUGUUCUAAAACGCAACAAUGGAGAGAUCACAUAUGACAGUAUAAGUGAACUGAAAUAUUUAGAUGCAGUCUUUAAAGAAACAUUACGAAAAUAUCCGGUAGUAUUAUGGUUAUCCAGAACAGCAAUGACACCUUACACGUUUCCGGGUACAAAAGUCACCAUUCCGAAGGGUCAACACGUAGUCGUGCCCGUUGAUGCUAUUCACAAUGAUCCAGAUAUUUUUCCAGAACCGGAAGUCUUUGAUCCUAACAGAUUUCUUGACAAUAAUGCUAAGGGCAGACAUCCAAUGUUUUAUAUACCGUUCGGAGAUGGCCCAAGAAAUUGCAUUGGCGCAAGGUUUGCUAAGAUUCAAACCAAGGUAGCGAUGAUCAAAAUUUUAUCAAAUUUUAAAGUAGAUGCAUGUGAGAAGACUCCUAAGUACAACAGAGAUCCAAAAUCACUGAUGCUUUUGCAACCAGAGCAUGGAAUAUAUCUAAAAAUGACAAAGAUUUAAGCAUCGAGUAAGAGGAAUCAUUUAUCACUAAGCUGCGGCAGAUUUGAAAAUUUGUUUUAGGGACUUUACAUAUUGUGCGGGGCGGCUAUUGUGUUGCGCGCCGAGAGAAUCACCCUGUAUAUGUAGAAUCCGGGCGUCUGGGGCAGGGACCGUCUACGUCAGCCCCACUGACGAGUCUAGUGGACGGUUCCCGAGACGAAACGCCAUCAAUUUUCCACCGGCAUCCUACAUUAUAAAAAAGCUAUAUUGCGAAAUAAAAACGAUGUAAUAAGAGCUAUGAAAUGUGCCAUAUACGCUACAAUAUACCAUUCAAUUUCAACGCAUAAAAAAUCAUAACAUGAUAAAUGUUCGGCAGGUGAAAAUUCUUGGUGCUUUUUUCAAUCUGCUGUUGGCUAUUGCAAGAGCAAAAGAAGCUGGUUCUAAAUAAGAUAUUGCCAAUACAUGUAUAUGAUAGGUUAAGCAAUGAAAAUUUGCUUCGUCGGUGUGUACGAUGUCUAACUUAAAAUGCGAAUAAAAGCAUACACAGCAUGAUAUGGCGUAACUGUCCAAAAGAUAUAUUCUCAUCAAAACAUCAUGUAGAAUCUUCAGUUACACAAGCUAUCAAUUGUACAAUGAAUAUAAUGACGGAUGCACUAACACCAAUAUUACACUCGUUCAAAGAUAACGCAAUACAUAGAAAUAAGCAGACAGUCAUUGAAAAUCAUUGAAACAUGCGAUAAAACUUCGAAACGUUAUAAGUGUGCUAGAAAAAUUAUUUGAACAGCACACAAUUAUCAAGAGAACACGCCUUACAAGAAGAAGGUUCAACGAACGCAGCAGAAAAGCAUUUUAAAUAACAUAGCAAUAUAAAAAGCGUUAUAAUUUCCACAAAAAUGAAAUUUUUGAGCUGAACAUUUUUUUGCAGUUCAUGUUCACAGCACUGAAAAAAUAAGGGUAUGGAUUUCACGCUCCGAUGAUUUUUUUUUGAAACAUAUUUUUCUUCUUACGUAAAAAAUAUGUUUCCAAAAUUAAUUUCGAUGUAUUUGAAUUCAGCGUAAAAAAUGCUAUAAAAAUAUAUAUUUUCAAAAUUUUAUUCUACAAAUUACCGGUUGUUCA